AUGUCAGAACUGACUGAAUUUGAAUGGCACAAACUAAAUGAUGAUAUGAAAUUAGAAGUUAUCAAAAGAAGCAGUUACUUAACAAGAUGUCGUCUUCGGAAAUGCUCUAAAUCAGACAAAUCUCUAGUGGAUAGAGUUCCUAUUUCUGAAAUAGAGAUUGGAUUUGCUGAAGAUGAAUAUCGUCACACGGAAGACUCCAAACCGUAUCUCAUGGUACAUGAUGCUGUGAAUGAUGAAAAUUGGUCAUAUAAUAAGGGAGAUGAUAAAGAUAGAAUAGCCGAUUUCAUGCGCAUUUUCAACAAUAGAAAUACGUUAGUCAGGCGGGUUUACUUCGACUUUUUCUCCGAUGAUUCAAACAGCUGCCCAUUCUUCUCAAAGCUUCUCACAGAACUUGAUGCUCAUCCAAAAUGCAUUAUUCAAUCGGAACAUUUUGAUUGGAGAUGUCACCAAGCAAGUGAACAAUAUUUGCUCCAAGUUCUAGAAAAGUUCGACUCACAUAACUUGAAAAAGAUCAGUUUGAAUGGAAUCAUAUCUGAAGAAAAGGUAAAAGCUCUUUCCGAGACCGAUCAAUGGAAAAACACAAGCAAAUUCGAUAUAGCGACCAGUCCAAGUUUUGGUGAAUUGGACAACGAUGUAAAAGUGAAAUCCGAAUAUAUUCAACAUGCUGAAAACGUGCAUAUGAAAAACUACCGCGAAUCUGAUCGAAAUGUUGCAUCAUUUUUCAUGUUGGACGUGGAUCAAGAGUAUUUCGAAUGGAAAGAUGUUCUCCUACUCUUCGAUGUACCCGUUACGAAUGUUUCAGUAGCAAGCGAAAGUUCUACAACUCACACUCAAAGAUUUGAAAUGAGCACGAGAGGACGUGUACUCGUCGUAGAGCUUUCCAACUACGGAGUAAAAGGAUGCGUCUGUCGUGAAGAGCAAAUCGACGAAGAUUUCAAUCGUGUUUUCAAUGAGGAAGAUUGA